CUCUCUCUCUCUCGCUACCUGUAAGAAAUUGGAUUGCUUUACUUGGACAAUGCAUACGAAAUUUCCUUCCAUCGAUUUCGUUUGAUGUUGUGGUGAUUCAUAAUCUGUAUGAAACAGUUCGCGCAGUUCGUGCAAUGACGUAGAUUGUACCAUGUGAAACGGUGAACUAUAAAGGACCGGGUAAAACAAUGUAGUAUUGAUCUCUGUUUCCUGGUGUUAGAGCCAUCUCGAGUAAAACUCUGAUAUUGACACAUUAGAAAGAGGAUUUUUUUAAGGUGAAAAAUGAGGUGGCAACUGUCCUUCUGGCAACAGAGACGUCACGGCAAGACAAGCGGUCACAGGGAGAGCAGCCGACAACGGCGUGACGAUAGCAUGGCCUACCUCAAUCCUGGGCCCAGGCCAGGGGUCAACUUUGAGGUGGAAAACUUCCGGGUCUAUGGUCAUCUCCGCCGGGCGCACACAGAGGUCAAGAACAGCCUGCCCACUCACACUACUAUCCAGACGGAGAAAUCCCUGAUGUGCUUCGAGGAACAGCGACGCAUCAGUCCCGACGCCGCCGACUACACCACUUUCUACCGCUGCCUCUCUGCGUCGGUGUCCGCUCCAGUCUCGGCCAACCCAAGCCAACGCGCUCCAGGUCCAAGUCGAAUAUCUGUAGCCCCGCCUUCUCAGGACCGGCCUGUUGAAGCCCCGCCCCCUGUCAAUCCUCCCUUGUGAUAGUGACAGCAGAGUGACUGACGUACGAAAGUUUGCUCAAUUGUUGUGUACAAGGUUGAGCUGAGCUUUGAUUUAUUUCAAGUCUGUUACAAACGGCAACUUUAGUCAAGAAGCAGAUUUGGGCUAUAGUCAAACAAAAGCUUGUGAAUUUUUUUAAUUGCCGUAAGAGUACAUGGAGACACAUCAGGGCAACCACAAAACGCCAACUAAUCUACGUAAGUUGAAUUAUGUUGUCGUGGUAUGGGUGUUUGUUACACUGAAAUCACGUUUCAAUGCGUUGAUGUUAUUCAAGAGCCAGGACUUUCCGAAUUUACGAAGUGGCUAUUGCGACUCGAGUCCGAAUAGCCUCCUGUGGCUAUUCGGGCUCAAACUCCAAUUCGCGUUACUUUGAAUGACUGACUUUUGUUUCCUUUGGAAAGGUUUUAACUUUUCUCUUCUUAAUUUCUAACUGGAUUUCCAAUUCAUCAAUGAUUUUGUCUUUCUCGUUAAAUAAAGCGGGUUUAGACUACCUAUUUAUUGAUAGU